AAAUAAAAAAUAUAUUAUAUAAAAAACCCUCAACUUUACGCAUCACUCUCAUAUCAUCAGUUGUAACACCCACUGAGUGCCCGUCGACUGCCCACUGAUUCUCCGAUCGGCGCUCCGACCCACUCUCCGACCGCUGCUCAAUAUCAUUAGUUGUCAAUACCCACUGUGAGUGCCCUUUGCGCGGACUGCCUACUGAUUCUCCGACCGACGCUCCGACCUACGGUCCGACCAACACUUUGACCGGCGCUCUAUAGCGGACAUAUAGAAAUUAGCAAAGCAGCUAGAUCUCGUAGAUGAAUCGUAAUAUUAAGUGAAGUACCAGAGUGGUGGACAAGACUAGAAACAGAAGAGAUGAAGACACUAGUUCCAGCUCCAGAUGAUUCAAGAAGAGGAUGAGCAAGUUGACUCAUAUGGAAUGAUGAUUCUAAAUUUGUAGCCAUCAUAUGUGCAUAAUGUUCGGCAGUAUAUUCCUGAGUGGGCUUCCAAAGGGUUCAUAUAAUCAAGUCAACCCCAACUAAUUGGAUAGGUGCUGAUCGCUUGAUAUAAUUUUCAUUUGCUUAUCGAUAUGGAAUUUCGGCUUGCAGUCUUAUCAAUUUCCUAGUAGUUUGGUAGGCUUCGUGAGUUUACUCACCGUGUGAAGUCAUUUUCCAUGGCUAAGUUUACUUCCCAAGAAGUGGAAGCUCUUCAGAAGGGUGGUAAUCAGCGGGCUAGAGAGAUAUAUUUAAAAUGUUGGGACCCACAAAGUCAGUGGCUUCCUAAUAACAGCAAUGUUGAUAAAGUAAGGGACUUUAUAAAGACCGUCUAUGUUGAUAAAAGAUAUGCUGUGGCAGAGUCCUCUGACAGACCUCCUAGAGAUGCUCAGGUACAACUAAGACGAGAUCCCGUGCAACAAGUUGAGAUUGUUGGUGUCCCAGAAGAAUACUUUGUAGGCCAUGCUUACCAUAUGUAUUAUCUGACCUCACCAGAUGGAACUUAAAUUACCGGAUUGGAGGAAGAGGGGCCACAGGACGUAAGCUGAAAUAGCAUCACUACGGGCAACGUUUACUCAAGAAGUUUCAGUGUAGCAUAAACUUGACCAUCCUAAUGUAACCAAUGUGACGUUAAAAUUCUUUAACUUGUAUGUAGAACGUGUUUAGAGCUUGUUGGAUAUUAUUGCUUGUUCUUUAAAAUUCGUAGUUUUAAGAGUACAUUAAGUGAUUCUUAUACUAAUCCUUGUUUACCUGAGACAAUUAUUCACCAAUAUAGCAGAAACCUGUGGUUGGCAUCGACUUGGUGAUGUCAAUCUAGAUGAAGAACUUAGUGAUAGAAGUUGAAGUAGCACUGAUUGUAUAUGUGAAAAUAACAACUGCAGUAGGGCCUUCCAGUGUUUGCCUGAAAAACAAUACGAGGCAUACGAAUAGCCAUUAUUGUUGGAACUGUUGCAUCAUUUCUUGCCUGCCCGACUAAACUCAUAAAAUGCAGAUUGCGCUGCACGAGAAGUACCAGGAAAUUCUAUUAUGUUUGGAGCAUAUGAAGCAUUAAAGCAGUAUUUUGCAGGAGGCAUGGAUACUUCUAGUGCUGUUGUUCAGUGGACAAGGUUACGAGAAGGUCCAAGUCAACUUUUGGAUUUAGAUUACUAGCUUCUUGUAAAGAUUUGUUUUGAGAUGUGUAUAUCAUUGUGUAUUAUAAUUUAUUAUACAUGUAAAUACUAAUUUAUAUAGUUGCAUAAAAUUUUAAUUUGGAUUAUUGUAUUAAUGAAAGAUUUUGUUGUGUUG